UGAUGGUAGCAAACAGUGCUAUCUGAGUUAAAAACAACACCCUUAAUUUUAGAAGAUAUCAACACAAGGUUCGGGAUAAAGAUGAGCUCAUUUGCAGGUCGCAUGAAGGAGUAUCCUACAAUUUCUCUGGACCGGUUCGACCGGGAGAACCUACAUGCCCGGGCAUAUUUCCUCUCCCACUGUCACAAAGACCACAUGAAAGGACUGAAAGGACCUCUGCUGAAGAGAAAGCUGCAGUUCAGUCAUACAGUCAGACUCUACUGCUCCUUUGUGACCAAAGAGCUUCUGCUGAGCAAUCCAAAGUACUCCUUCUGGGAGGAAUACAUAGUUCCGCUGGAGCUGGAAAGCCCAACUCAGAUCUCCCUCGUGGAUGAGGCAUCAGGAGAGAAAGAAGAGGUUGUGGUGACGUUGCUUCCUGCAGGUCACUGUCCCGGCUCCGUUAUGUUCCUAUUUGAAGGUUCUCAGGGAAACGUGUUGUACACAGGAGACUUCAGGUUGGCUGUGGGACACACAUCCAGGAUAGAACAUCUGCACUCUGGCAGCAGAGUAAAAGACAUUCAGAGUGUGUAUCUGGACUCCACUUUCUAUGACCCACGCUUCUAUCAAAUUCCCACUCGGGAGGUCUGUCUGAACGGUAUCUUGGAGCUUAUUGGAAACUGGAUCAGUCAGAGUCCAUAUCAUGUGGCGUGGCUCAACUGUAAAGCUGCAUAUGGAUAUGAAUACUUGUUCACUAACCUGGGAGAAGAGUUCAACACACAGAUCCACGUCAACAAUCUGGCAAUGUUCAAGAAGAUGCCAGAGAUCCUGAGCUAUGUGACGACUGACCGCAGGACGCAGAUUCAUGCCUGUCGGCACCCAAAGGAUGAGGAGUAUUUCCAAGGCAACAGGCUGCCGUGUGGCUGCACGGCCCCUGACGGGACCCCUCUUCGUAUCAUCAGCAUUAAACCGUCCACCAUGUGGUUCGGAGAGAGAACCAAGAAAACCAACGUUAUAAUAAAAACAGGAUCCAGCUCCUUCAGAGCCUGUUUCAGCUUCCACUCCUCCUACUCUGAGCUUAAAGACUUUUUGUCUUAUCUCCAACCGGUCAACAUCUACCCCAGUGUUAUCCCCAUUGGCCUGACACUGACUGAGGUCACACACAUGCUGAAGCUGAUGUGCAGGAACCAAACUGAUCAGGCUGCGUUCAUUUACAAACCUCUGGGAGUCCUUAAACGCAGCAGGGUGGAGCGACCUACAUACGACUCAGGGAGUGAGGACGACCUGUUUGACGGGCUGGACCUGGCACCAGUGAGGAAAAAGAUGGGGCUGAACCACGAACUACAGAAAGAGAAAAUUGAGAGUCAUCAGAGAACAGCGCCCCCUGUGUCUGUGGAAGAGUGUUUACCUCUGACGGUCACAGACGCACAGUCUGCUGCAAGCAACUACGUCGACUGCACUGAGUCCAAUGGUGAAGAGGAAGAUGAGGAGGAGGACCAGGAGGGAAGGGGGGACACGAAACUGACGAAGGAGGAGGUGAUGCCAGAGGGAGAGAGGAAUAAAGAACCCGAGGAAAAGGAGACGGAGGGACAAAGCAAAGAGGCUUCCAACACUCCGAAAUGGGAGGACUUCUUUACUGCAGAAAUGCCGACUGACAGCCAGAACAGCCAAUCACAAUCCUGCUGCUCCAACACCACCACCUCCCCCUCCAGGAUGACCGGGUCACAGACGCCCGAACUCUUCAGCGAAGAAGAAGAAACUGACAACACCGAAAACUUCAGCCUGACCCUGUCUGCCUCUCUGUCCAACCAUUCCUCCCAGAACAUGGACGUGUGCCUGCCCGACACCUUGAUCCUCCAACCAGAGCAGGCGGGGCGGGAGCAAGGGCAGGCGAGGACCAAUACCACGACUCAGAAGGAGGAGAGCGACAGUCUGGUUCUCCCGUCGGAGCUGCCGGAGUCUCAGGGUUCGUCGGACUUUGACAUCCCCUGCACGCCGGAGUCAAAGGUGCCACGGCCCGAUGAACUGUCACAACUUUACAGGAAGUUAGCUUCAGGAGAGGAAGUGGUCAUCAGGAAAGGAAGUCAGGGCUUUGUGUGAUUGAGAUGAGGUGAUUCGUCCACAGUAGAUCCUACGCUGUGGAGAAAUGGUAAGAAUGAAUGCAAACAGAGUUACCAUGGAGUCACACUAUGAGCAUCAUGGUUAAUGAACAGCGAGCAGUUUCUGUAGUAAGUUCAAUGAGCUUCGACCGUGUGUGUGUCGCUGCCAGGUCGCUGUUUAACACGUGAUAAACACACAAUGAGAUUCCACAGCACAUUCAGCUUCAGUCUAACCUCCAAACCGCACAGACCUCAGUAGGUAAACCUCCCCCCAACACACACACACACACACGCAUACACACGCACACACACACACACACACACGCACACACAUACACACACACGCACACACACACACACACACACACACACGCACACACUUCAUUCCAAUGCACUUUAUGUUGCUCUAUAUGGAUUAAUGCACCUGUGCACAUCACAGCUAACGCCUCGUUUUUGUUGACAGUUUGUGGUUUGUUCCCCGAAACGUUUUUGUCAUUGUGAACUGGAUCAACAUUUUUGUAUGAAAGCAGAACUUUUAUCCAAAUUAAAUAUUUAUUUUCAACUGAA